GAUUAUGCUGUUGGAUACCCUGUUAAAACUCUAUUAACGGUCUGAAUGUAGGAUUUGUGGAAUGUUGUAAUUUUGAGCGUUUAUAAACCCUUUUAAGUACAGAUAUGUAUUCUUAAAUGCUCCAUUCCAUUUAAGAACAAAUUUCAUGUGCAAAAUCAGAUACACAACUUGUAAUCGCGAAUUUCAUUGAGACACCAUGACUUCUAUUAUUAAACUCCAUGCCAUCUCUGGUGCUAUGGAUGAAUCUCCACCAUGCUAUAUUCUACAAGUGGAUGAUUUUCGCAUUCUGUUGGACUGUGGAUGGGAUGAAAAUUUUGAUCAAGAAUUUAUGAAGGAAUUAAGAAGGUUCAUCCAUCAGAUUGAUGCGGUCUUAUUGUCAUAUCCCGACCCAUUGCAUCUGGGGGCUCUACCUUAUCUUGUUGGCAAGUGUGGUCUCAACUGCCCUAUUUAUGCAACCAUUCCAGUAUACAAGAUGGGACAGAUGUUCAUGUAUGACCUAUAUCAGUCAAGACAUAAUAUGGAAGAUUUUGAUUUAUUCACAUUGGAUGAUGUUGAUGCUGCAUUUGACAAGAUUGUCCAGUUGAAGUACAACCAGAGUGUCCCAAUGAAAGGGAAGGGGUAUGGUCUGACGAUCACUCCUCUCCCAGCUGGUCAUAUGAUUGGUGGCACCAUUUGGAAAAUAGUUAAGGUUGGAGAAGAAGAUAUAGUGUAUGCUGUUGAUUUCAAUCACAAAAAAGAACGUCAUUUGAAUGGAUGUGAAUUAGAGCGGCUGCAGAGGCCCUCUCUACUCAUUACAGAUGCCUUUAAUGCCACUUACCAGCAAGCAAGAAGAAGGACACGCGAUGAAAAACUGAUGACCAAUAUCCUGCAGACACUGAGGAACAAUGGAAAUGUUCUGGUCACAGUGGAUACAGCAGGACGUGUUCUAGAGUUGGCACACAUGUUGGAUCAGCUUUGGCGUAACAAGGACUCGGGUCUGCUGGCAUAUUCACUGGCGCUGCUCAACAAUGUGAGCUACAAUGUUGUGGAGUUCGCAAAGUCUCAGAUUGAGUGGAUGAGUGACAAGCUAAUGAGGACAUUUGAAGGAGCGCGGAACAAUCCAUUCCAAUUCAAGCACCUGCAGUUAUGUCACAGUAUGGCAGAGCUAAGCAGAGUUCCCAGUCCAAAGGUGGUUCUGGCAAGUACACCAGACAUGGAAUGUGGUUUUUCGAGAGAAUUAUUCUUACAGUGGAGUUUGAAUUCUCACAACAGUAUUAUCAUUACGAACAGGACAUCACCAGGGACACUAGCUCGUGAGUUAAUUGAAAAUGGUGGGAAACUUGCCUUGAACCUUGAGAUACGCCGGCGUGUAAGAUUAGAGGGUGCGGAGCUAGAGGAAUACCAGCGGAAAGAGAGAGAAAACAAAGAAAAGAACCAAGAUAAGAAUGAAGACGUAGACAUGAGUGAUGAAUCAGAGGAUGAAAUGGACUCCCUGAGUGCAGUAGCUAAGGGCAAGCAUGACCUUCUUGUUAAAACAGAAACCAAGGUGCAGACUGGCUUCUUUAAAAGCAACAAGAAACAGUAUCCCAUGUUUCCAUUUUUCGAAGAGAAAGUGAAGUUUGAUGAGUAUGGAGAAAUUAUAAGGCCAGAAGAUUAUAAAAUGGUAGAUUCAAACCCUGAAACUGAAGACAACAAAGAAAAUGUUGAUUUAAAAGAGGAAGAAGUAACCACAAUUGACAUCAUGGAAGUACCAACAAAAUGCAUCUCAGUGAUGAAGACUGUGCGUGUAAUGGCUCAAGUCCAGUAUAUUGACUUUGAGGGUCGUUCAGAUGGUGAAUCAUUGCAGAAGAUCUUGGGACAGUUGCGCCCUCGAAGACUGAUUCUUGUGAGAGGCACGCCAGAGAGCACGCACGCUAUGUUGAACCUUUGCCGCCAAUGGAGUGGUGCUCGUGUGUUUGCUCCAUCUCGCGGUGAAAUCGUGGAUGCAACCACUGAGACGCACAUCUAUCAGGUGAGACUGACUGAUGCACUUGUUUCUGCACUUGAACUGAAGAAAGGUAAAGAGGCUGAACUGGCAUGGCUUGAUGCUCAGAUUAUGGUACGAGACAUGUCAAAGGAUGCCAAGCCAGUCAUCAUGGGUGUAGAUGAUGAUGGGAAAGACGAAGAAGAUAAAAUGGAGAUAGAUAAGAUUUACACACUGGAGCCAUUACCAUUGAAUCAAGUUGCUGGUCACCAGACUGCCUUUAUAAAUGAACUGAAACUGUCUGAUUUCAAGCAAGUUCUUAACAAGAAUAACAUUCCUUCAGAAUUCUCAGGAGGUGUUCUGUGGUGUUGUAAUGGAACUGUUGCUGUUCGGCGGCAUGAAGCUGGAAGAGUCAUCCUUGAGGGCUGCUUAUCUGACGAUUAUUAUCGAGUUCGAGAGUUGUUGUAUGAACAGUAUGCCAUUGUUUGAAUGUGCACUGGUCCCAGUAGCUUCAUAAAAAUAUGGUAGCCAUUGUGCACUAUGUUGAAAGUAAAAUGACAACUCGGAUUCAUGAUCACAUCCGAACAUGGGAUACUAUCGUAAAGAGAGUCAAGCUUCAGAUAUUUUGAUUACAGAAGGAAUGUUUAUAUUGAAAGAAAUUAAAAAUUUGAGGCAUUUGUAGUGUGUAACAAUUGGAAGAAGAGAAGAAUGGAGACUGAUAAAAGCUGAUGUUACAGGCAUCUAAUUUUUCAUGAUGAGCCUUUGUUUGUGCUUUGAGGAAAGUUGUUAGAAACUGGAAACUGUGUUUGCUCAAGGUGGAGUAUUUUCUUUCUGUGAAAGAAGGAUCUUUGCAUUCCAUUGCACAAGAAUAUUGUAAUAUGGUAAAUAUAGAGCAUUAUUUGUUUAUA